AUGAAGCCAUCUCAAUUGUUACGGUUUUACAAAGCCGGUUCGACAUCUGGUUGGCGACUCACGCCUGAGAUGGUGAAAAAAAUCUCACAUUAUGCCCAAUUUCCUGCAACUGGAGUUAGUCUGAGGCAAAUGGUACAGUUUGGAGAUAACCCAUCAGCUGGUAAUCUGUUUCGUGCCUCACAAUUUAUUGUUGAAGAGCUACCGAUCCGGCUUGCUCAUCGUGUGAAGGAUUUAGAAGCAUUACCAAAUGGGCUUAGUGAAAUGCCAUCUAUUCAGAGAGUAAGAGAUUGGUACUCACAGUCGUUUGAGGAACUGACUGCCAUACCCAUUCCAAAACUGAGUAAGGAAAUAAAAGAUGCUUUAUAUCAUCAUCAGGGUAAAGAAAAUAUUAAGAUGGUUUUACCUCUGAGCAAUAAUGGUGAAAGUAACGGACAUGGAAAUGGUAAUGGCAAUGGAAAAUCAAAAGGAAAGAGUGUUAUGGCAUUAAAAUCGGAACCCGGUCAACAGGGUCAGAUCAACCCAUCGCUUGAAGACUGGAAAGCAGAAGGAUUCCAGGAAGAUAUCAAAACAUCUCAUGGUCACAGAAGGUACUUUGCUAGUGUAGACCCUAACAUUGUGCAAUGGCCAAUUGAAAUUGAAAAUUAUAACGAACAAGUUACAAAAGCUCUGCAAAAAAUUAAGACUCGUCACGAUGGUGUUGUAUCCACUGUGGCCCAGGGUGUUCUAGAGUGGAAGGAAUCACGACCAAACAUUGAUGUGGACUAUUCUCUACAGACUUUCCUUGAUAGAUUCUAUAUGUCACGUAUUGGAAUUCGUAUGCUUAUUGGUCAACAUAUUGCAUUGAAUCUGGAUCGAGGUAUUAGACCAGAUUAUGUGGGUAUAAUUUGUACUGAUACAAAUAUCCGCGAUAUUGCUCAAAGUGCAGUUGACAAUGCACGAUUCAUUUGUGAAGAUUGGUAUGGUCUGUAUGAAGCACCACAAGUUGAUAUCGUCUGUAACCCUGAUAUCAGCUUCAUGUACGUACCUGGCCAUCUUAGUCAUAUGAUUUUUGAGGUAGUCAAGAACUCUCUUCGUGCUGUUGUUGAACUAUAUGGUGUUGAUUCUGAUAGUUAUCCUCCCGUUAAAGUCAUUGUUGCUCAAGGACAACAAGACAUUACAAUCAAGAUUUCCGAUGAGGGUGGUGGUAUCCCUCGGAGUGAAGUGCCAUAUGUUUGGACAUACAUGUACACAACUGCGAAGAAUACCCCGCAUCUUGAUCUUGAUCUGUCCAAAUCCGAUUUUAAAGCACCUUUGGCUGGCUUUGGAUAUGGUUUACCAAUUUCGAGACUCUAUUCGCGCUAUUUUGGAGGUGACCUCAAACUUAUCUCUAUGGAGGGUUACGGAACCGAUGUUUACCUGCAUUUGAAUAGACUCAGUAGCUCAUCUGAACCUCUGCCUUGA